GCCUGCACUGCGAAACCGGAGCGCAGGGUACAGGCGCAGCCUUGGCUGGUGCAAGGAUGCACCGUAAAGUCUGAUUUUAAUAUAAUUCCAUAUAUUUAGCUUGGAUGUAAAGGAUGCCACUCGCUGCAUAUUUGAUCUGCACAAAUAUAAUGCUGGACUUCCUGCAGCGGGUUAUAAAUAUUAUUAUAAUUUGAUUUUAUUUCUUUUUUUGGCGAAUGACUUGUUUUACAUUUCUGCAGACCUGGAAUCAACAAUAUAUCACCAUUCUGCUUGGCCAGGCAAUAAGCAUUACAGUGGAACACAACACAAGUGCCCACACGGCACAAAUAAAGCAGUGCCAUCGGAACUGUAGCUAAAAGCAGGUAAACGUUCGCCAUGCUAACAAGCAUCACCGAGGGCAUUUUGUGCUGCCUGACAGGCAAGGGUGCCAACACAGUGCUGCCAGUGGAGCCGUCCGACAGAGCUCCCUCCGACGGCUUCAAGUUCAUCGAGGUGAAGCCAGGCCGAGUUCUACGAGUCCGCCACAUCCUGCCCGAGCGCCCCGCCAACGCCGAGGCUCAGCAGGAGCCAGGGCCCAAUGUCCACUGCAAGCGCAAGAUCACCGUCUACCGCAACGGGCAGCUGGUAAUCGAAAACCUGGGGGACGUGCUACACUCCGAGAUCCUGCAGUGCCCCGAUGGAGAAGUUGAGCAGUGCAGCACUCUGGAAGUGGAGCUCGCCGAUUACUCCACGGCGCCCUCCUCUCCUGAGCCCAAACCGGCUCCUCCAUCUCUGUCAGCGUCAGACCAACAGAAACCGGCUCCGCCACCCAGGCGGCGCAAGAGGAAACCCAAGCGUACGGUUCUUAUCGACUCCGAGAGGUGCAUUAGCAGCUGUAAGGGCACGCAUUCAGACGUGGCACUGUUCUUUAUCCACGGUGUUGGCGGCUCACUGGACAUCUGGGGCCGCCAGUUGGAUUUCUUCUCCAGGCUUGGCUAUGAGGUCAUUGCACCAGAUCUGGCGGGACACGGCGCCAGCACGGCACCUCAGAUAGCGGCUGCUUAUACUUUCUACGCUCUAGCUGAGGACCUGAGGGCCAUUUUUAAGAGAUACGCCCGCAAGCGUAACAUUCUUAUUGGCCACUCAUAUGGAGUAUCCUUCUGCACAUUCCUGGCACACGAGUACCCUGAGCAGGUACACAAAGUGGUUAUGAUAAACGGUGGAGGCCCUACAGCGCUGGAGCCCAGUCUCUGUUCCAUUUUCCAGCUACCGUCCUGCGUCCUGCACUGCUUGUCACCCUGCCUCGCCUGGAGCUUUCUCAAAGCUGGCUUUGCCAGGCAAGGUGCUAAAGAGAAACAACUCCUGAAAGAAGGUAAUGCAUUUAACGUGUCCCCAUUCGUACUACGGGCCAUGAUGAGCGGUCAGUACUGGCCUGAAGGAGACGAGGUAUACCAUGCUGAGCUCACCGUGCCCAUCCUGCUCGUUCACGGCCUCUUUGACAAGUUUGUGCCCAUGGAUGAAGACCAACGCAUGGCAGAGAUUCUCCUGUUCGCCUUCCUCAAAGUGAUCGAAGAGGGCAGUCACAUGGUCAUGAUGGAAUGCCCUGACACAGUCAACCCACUUCUACAUGAAUUCUUUCUCUGGGAGCCAGACAUCUCCAAAACAAAUUCUGCUCCCGAUGCCACCGUCGCUCCGACCGGCCCUACAGACAACGUGCCCCUUAACAAAUAACCAAGUAGGAUUUGUACUUCGGAGGUAAACCAAUCAGAAGGCUUUUGUCUGCAGGCUGCAUUAAGUGGAGUCUUCACCCUGAGGUAUGGGCUGUUUUUUCUGGAGCCGAGGUUUGAGCUGAUGUUUCGAGCUGGUUGCGCCAUAAAGAGCAAGAAAGGCCCAAAUGGUGACAGACACUCUGCCAACACUGGCUGGAGGGUUAAAGAAUAAAACCUGAUUUCACAGCAGAAA